AUAAACAUGUAUACAAACGGAGAUUACUACACUGUUUCUUUUAAAAUGAUGACAGGUUUUUCAGAGUGGACGUUCCUAUUAGGAUUAGCAUCUUUUGCUAUUAUAGGAUUUGUUCAGUGUACGGACUGUCCUGAUGGCUGGGUUGCCUACGAAGGAUCGUGUUAUCUGUUUGGACAUGGUGUGAAUCACACGUUUGUAGAUGGUGAGCAUUUUUGUCGUCAACAUCACAAUGGACAUUUAGUAGAAAUUGAUUCUAAGGCAGAAAACCUGUUCCUGAAAGAUUAUAUAAGAGGUUUCGGAGGCCAUUGCUACUGGAUAGGUCUUUCUGAUGAGCAAAUUGAAGGCUUGUGGGUUUGGUAUAACGGCAAUACAACUCCUGCUUUUUUUGACUGGGGUCCUUCCCAACCAAGCCCUGGUAAUGCCGAAGACUGUGGUGUAUUCUGGGGACCAUUUGAUUACAAAUGGGGAGAUCUGCCUUGUGACUAUAAAUGUCAACCAGUUUGCAAGAAAAGUGGAGGUGAAACUGUUUCUAUUGUCGGCUAAGUCAUCUGGAUAAUUUAAAUAGUCAAUUUUA